AAAUUAACAAAAAUUGGCUUUUUUGAAUUUCCCUAGUCAAUAUGGAGGCCAGUCCAAGAGUGAAUGGUUCCCAAUUGCCCAAGUACAUUGGUCAAACGGUAUCCAUAGUUGGAAGAACUAAAGGGCUUGGAACAACUAGUGGUUUAAGGUCUGUACAACUGGAAUCAAGCGACAAGAAGAACAUUAACAUUCAUUUUCAACAACCUCUGAGUGAACCACUUUCAUUGUUUGUUGAAGUAAUUGGACGAGUUGAACCUGACCUGUCUAUCUCUGUAUCAAGGACCAGCAACUGGGGAGAUAACCUUGAUAUUGACAUUUAUGAUGAGAUAGUACAGCUUCUACCACAAUACCCGGCACUAUUCAGUUACAAUACAUAGUGUACUUUAUGUUGCACACAUUAUUAUUGAGGAUAAGCUCAUUUAUAAGCUAGUAAUGCUAUCCUUGGAUCAAACAUAACGUUUCUUCCUAAUUUAAUAACAUUUUUAUGAAAA